AUUCAAACAGUUCUCGAUUCUGAUACAAAACUUAAACAAUCAGUCGAUUCUGAUUCCGACUCAAAGCGAGUGUUCGCUUCCGAAUCGAUUGAAUCGACGAAUAUCAAAACGGUCGAUCAUGUCGACUACCAAAGAAGCGGAUGUGUCGGCGGGACACCCAACUCUCAAGCUAACGGGCGUAGAACAGCUAAAGCCUCCUGGAUCGGACUCCAACUAUCUGGAUUGGAGUUGGAUCCUAGAGAUCCACUUCGCGGCGACCGACGUCGAUUACAUUAUCAACGACAAGCCCGAAGUUGCUCAAGCCAAGGCCUCUUUCGAUCGCGAUAACAAGGCCGUUUGCGCUGUCAUCUCCCGCACUAUCCACCCCAUCAACAUCCGCCAUGUCCGACAUCUAAAAAACGACGCCCGAGCGCUCUGGGACUCACUCAAGAAGGCCCACGAUCAAGACUCCUCCGCUCGAGGAGUCAUGUACUGGUUGAGGAAGCUCACACUGUCCCGAAUGGUAGACGUCGACCUACCCACUCACCUCGACGAAAUGGCUAGAACAUUUGAAUCUCUCAGCGCACUUAUUACCGCCGAGUCGCCUCUAACCCCGGAUGACAUAUACUCGAGCUCAAUUCUAAACUCGCUUCCCCCGGAUUGGCUUUCUUGUGUCUCCGUCUCGUCGAUGAUGAACGAGCCGAGGGUUGAUCCAUCCCGAUUAAUUGACGCACUCAAGGCUGAACAUCUAAUUCGUCGGAAAACUACAAGAUCCGAUGAUACCGCAUGA